AUGUAAUAAAAUGAAUAGUUGUAAAUCGUUAUCUGUGAUGACGAAAAAAUAACUGUGUCUCCAAUAAUAAAAGUUAAUAUUAACUUCAUAAAACUUUUAAUCAUGAUAUAAAUAUGUUUUCAUUUUCUGAUGAUCAAUCAAUUUUAUAUAAUCUAAGAUAAAGUAGCAUCAAAUAAAGGUAUUUAUUAGAAAAUAAUUAAUUUAGCAUUUUCUUUUAUGCCAAAAAAGUUUAAAGUACUUUAAUUCUCAAAUUCUUCUGGUCAUCGAAAAAAAUAAUUAGCAAAAAUCAGAAAUUUUGGGUAAACCUAAUAGACAAAUUGA